ACUCGCAGCCAUCGAAGCCACUCGUUGCCAUCCAUACUGCCGGCUUCCACUUCGCUGUUGCGCGAGCUCGACAAAGCGUUGAUAAAAGAGGAGCCUAUUUGGAGCUUUGAAAGAACAUACCGUAUCGCGCAUUCAUAUAUCGUCUUGGGGCAGUACACGAAUUAUACACUGCCAGGACUCCAUACCACAAAAUUAAAGAGUACGGACAUAUCGAAAGCCCGAGCGACUAGUGGCUUAUCUUCGCCUUAAACGCACAGUAUCGUCCGUUCUCCGUUCUCCGUUCCGUUCUCCGUCCUCCCGUUCGUGCCUACUUUACAAUAAAGGAACAGACUUUCCAGUCUUUAGCGGGGAGAUGUUUCAACCGCAAGCGACCCCGUUCACGUCCUUUGCGUACACCUCUUCAAUACCAAACAAUAACCCACAUGGUGACUAUAGCUUCCAAGCCGCGACGUCCAAUCUGGGGUUAAACAGCAGAGGGCCGACCACCUUCGACGAGCCGAUCUUCAACACCGUUGGCUCAUUCGGCGGCAAUUUGAACCAACUUAAUCUACCUCAGCGCUACAACAACACAAUGAAUACCCCGCCUGUUGCCGGUGACUUGGAGGCCCAAGAGGCGCUUGCAAGAGAGUAUCAACCAGACUUAAAAGGACCCUUGGUUAGGCCCAAGAAGAGCAGUCAUGCCAUCACGGAGGAAUACGCAAAAGCUGACCCGAUCUACGUUGCCAAAACUGCGAAAUUGCCGCAGACUUACAGCCACUACCGACCUGUACUUGGCGAUGGCAACUGUGGAUGGCGUGCGAUUGGCUACUCAUACUUCGAGACGCUCCAGAAGCUGGGUAGCAAAGACCAGCUCGAAGAAGAGAUCGCACGUAUGAUGUCACUAACAAGUUUCAUUGAAACAUGGUGUGGCUACCAAGAAUGGCUCUUUGAGGACAUGAGAGAGGAAGUGCUCAACCUUUUGAGCGACCUUGCUGCCACGGUGCAUGUGGGGCCGACGUCUGAUUCGGAUUCAAUAAUCCUCCUACGCUUUAACGACGAGGAGAUUUCCAAUGCCAUUAUCUACUACUUCAGACUGCUUGCCAGCGCGUGGCUCAAGGCCAACGCUGUCACCUACAGAGAUUUUAUCCCAGAUGGACUUGGUGUCGACAACUACAGCAAAAACAUGAUUGAGCCCGCAAAAACCGAGAUUGAACACUUGGGCAUGACCCUUCUGAUCGAUGUCCUAAUGAAGCCAGUUGGUAUCGCCGUUGAGAUAGUUUAUCUGGACCGGAGUGAGGGCACCGACGUUAAUAGCCAUAUCAUCCAGGCUGAGGAUGAAAGUGGCACCCCGAUCCACGCUGGAGCCCCCAUGGUCCACCUGUUAUACCGUCCUGGUCAUUAUGAUAUCUUGUAUAAGGAGAGGACCCAUGUUCUUUCCUUGCGGCAACAACAGAUCAUCGACGGGGCAUCCGCUUCGGCGAAUAUCCAGGUCAACCGCGCUGGUAUCCUCAACCGUGUCCAGGACCCGUCUCCACUUACAAACUUUCACUCCUUUGAUCUGUCGGGUAUUGCUGGCAUACCUGGUCUAUCAAUGGCGCCUCUCGGUAACCAGGGGUUUACUCCGACAUAUGCCGCACUUGGUGACUGCAAGCCUGUAAUGUCGCCUUCAUACUCACUUGAUACGUCAGUGUCAACACCAACCAUGCCGUCUGUCUCGCCGAUAUCGGCAGUGCCUUCCCAGGCCUCCAACACACCGAUAUUCCCUCCCGCAGCAUUACCAAUACAUAGCGGGCCGUCACAACCGCAGCUUACUCGCGCUGUCCCACCCACGCCGACGGAGGCGCCACCGCCAAACCUAGGCAGCCAGUUCAGGCACUCGAAAUAUGAGUAUGAAAGCGACUGGAAUGACCCAUCGGCGCAGCAAUCGUCGUUCCAGACAAACACAUUUAAGAACAGUCAUUAUAACACUGCACACUACAACAACCCCAACUUUCAGCCCGAAGAGUGGUGUCCAGAUGACGAAGAAAGACCUCAAGCACCGAGGAGAGACUCGGCGCGGCAUAAAUCGGCAUAAGUUAGCCAGAGGAGAUGGCUGGGAUUGCAGACUCGCAAGUUUCGUAACAAAAUUCACUGGCAUACCCGGCAACAAGGAUCAGGGAGGAAAAGGAAACAAACUGUCAAGGGACAUGGGAUAUGGGAUAUGAGAGAGGAAAUGGUUUCGACACGUAAGCCUUAAUUCGAGAUAAGCAUCUGCAGAUCCUUAUCUCUAGGGGCUAUACGCCGAAUUCAACAGAGCUGGUUGGCUGGUGGGAGCGUUUGGUUGAUUAAUGAGAAGAUGGGGGCGGGGCAUAGCUUGGGAAAUUUCCAACAGUAAUAAAUGUUGGCUCUGAUAACGCGGCGUUAUGGGAAGCGAAAUGCAAGGCAACGAUUUGAUGGAUGUCUUGAGGACAGCGAUAACUGCGCGUUAUUUUUUUUUUGUUUUUUUGACGAUGAUGAUAUAACUUUGGGGUUUGUGGGAGUGGGCGUUGAUGAUGAUGUGCAACGUGGUUUGGGGACGAACGGUGCUUCUGACAGUAAACGACGACGGUAAUUGAUUAGUACGUUGACAUGUUGAGCUACGAAUUUUACGAAUUCCGGGGAAUGAUGUGAUGUGUGUGUUGCGAGAUGCAAUCGCCGUGAGGUGUGGGAUGUGCUGUGCCGCCACACGCUAUGGUGUCGGCAGCCUCGUGUAUGCUGGAUUUUUGGUUUCCCGUCGAAAGUGAUAACCACCUCAUACCACUAUAUAUCUCUGCCUAAAUAGCAUCCCCAUUCCCCUCCAGGUCCUCCAAACUCCUUACCCCCAACUGCUCCA